CUGGCGCAAACCAACAUCUUUUUUCAUUCAUUGGUACAGUUCUCCUAUCUCACUAAUAUGAACGAGCUCGACCUCGUUUGUCCCCCUAUUUUCCACCCUCAUGAAUGGAUUGCACUCGCGAUUCCCCAAGCGCACAUGCACCACAUCCCAUCUCGCAACCUUUCCGUUCACGAUUUUCUGCAGCUGUCAUUGCCUGCCCCCUCCUCGACCAUUAUUUCUGUGAAAGUCAAUUGUUGGUUUAGCCACGACCCUCCAGACAUCGACUCGGACUUAUCGUACCUCAAAACUCGGCCCAUCCCCUCUGAAAAUGUAUUGGCAGAGAUCAAUUCUGCCAUCAGUCACGAUGCGCGUAUAUCUGCACUCCAUCCCCUCAAAGUCGAUGAUUUUGCGAUUGUAUACACAGAGUGGGGCCUUCGCAUCGGCCGAGUGAUUGCAAUUUACUCGAAAGGUGGUGGUAAAAACGGCAAACACGCUGCUGUUGACAAAGCAGACGCUAUCGCUGGUGUCUCGUACCUUGGUGUCCAAAUCUACCAGCAACAUUUUCAUCGUCAUUUUCGUUCCAUUCCUGAUGCAACUGCCAUGUUCCAAUGCAACCAAUUUGCUUUCAUUGCUUCUACUGCCUUUCUCUGUCUAAUUUCAUCUAAGCCCAACCUAACGCACUCGGGACUCGAACUUGCACCUGCAGACCUCACGGACUUCCGAUAUCCUAUCAACUGCUUUGCCUCAGUUGGCGGAAGCUGCCAAAUUGUUCCGCAAGAGGACUUCGAGAAACGGGACCACACAGAGGGAUGAAGAAGGCGAUUUUUGAUUCUUUUUAGCUUCUACUGGCUAUUCUAAACACACCUAGCUACUUAGAAUAAGAAAAAAACGCAUUUUUUGAGUUUU